GCGGAAGGGAUUAGGCCGGAAGAUGCGAAGGUGGCCAGUAUUCGAGACUGGCCACGACCUCAAACAGUCACUGAGGUCAGAUCUUUUUCAGGAAUGUGCGGCUACUAUAGGAACUUCGUAAAGAACUAUUCUACAAUCGCCUCUCCUUUGAUGGAUCUAACUCGACUUGACACGCCGUGGGACUGGAGUGAUGAGUGCGAGGGUGCUUUCAAGCGAUUGAAGCAUGCACUCAUGAAUCAUGAAGUUCUCAUGGUUCCCGAUCCUCAGAAGCCAUUUAUAGUGACCACUGACGCAAGCCAAUAUGGCAUUGGCGCAGUGCUGGCUCAGCAGGAUGGGAAGAAGUUGAGACCGAUUGAGUACAUAAGCAAGAAAAUGCCAUCGAAGAAAUUGGCAAAGUCCACCUAUGAGAGGGAACUCUAUGCUCUCUACAAGGCACUUGUCCAUUGGAGACACUUCUUAUUGGGAAGGUUCUUCUACUUGAGGACUGAUCAUCAGACCCUCAGAUGGAUCAAGAUUCAACCGGCUCUUUUUGACGCACUCAAGCGAUGGAUUGAAGUCAUAGACCAAUAUGACUUCAAGCUUGAGUAUCUGAAGGGAAAGUACAACAAGGUUGCAGACGCACUAUCACGUAGGGCAGACUACCUAGGUGCGCUAGUUUCUGACUUUGGUGUAUCUGAAGAAGUAACUCAAUCAUUGGUGGGAGCCUAUCAGGAAGACCCUGUCACGAUGGACAUCAUGCGCAAACUUCAGGCGAAAGACAAGGCCACGGAAAGUGAGUUUGUGAUGGUGGACAGGCUCCUCUAUCUUGAUAAGGCCGGUGUUAACAGGCCAAUAGUUCCAUUUAGUGAACGUUUGCGUAGUUUGUUUUUAGGAGAAUGCCAUGACGCAACCGGGCACUUUGGUUACAAAAAGACAAGUGCUAAUGUAGUACAACGAUUUUGGUGGGCUGGAAUGCUAGAUGACUCGAAGAAGUAUGUAGAGACCUGUCAGGUCUGUCAGCGGGACAAGCCGCGAACUCAAGCACCGCUUGGGUUGCUGAAGCCCUUACCUAUCCCCGCUGGUCCAGGACAAAGUGUUUCCAUGGAUUUCAUGGAUACCCUGGUGACCAGCAAGAGUGGCAAGAGGCACAUCUUCGUCAUCAUUGAUCGAUUCGCCAAGUACGCUAGACUAGUUGCCAUGCCAGAGACUGCAAGGACGGACCAUGUCAUCAAGUUGUUCCAAGACAACUGGCAUGGCGGUCAUCACAUCUGCCCAAUGGCAGACCACAUUGAGCUCCAAGCUGUUGCUGCAUGCUAUGAACGCAUAGACCUGACUGAUUGGCUGAAGGUCACCCCUGUCUGCGCUCUUGAGGAUCUUCUCGUUGACCGGUACCAAGAUAAACAUGCUGCGCUCAAGGCUAGGCUGAAGCUUGAGGCCCCAAAGGGCCAAAUUUGGAGGUCAUCCAUCCAGGCUUUGGAACAACACUUGACUGGUCUGUUCACCACUCCGGAUCUGGGAAUGACUGACGUAUCUUAUAUGGAUGUAGUCAUGGGAGUGGCCCCUAAAGAAUACCUCUCCCUGCUAGCACUCAAGGACCAUGCCACCUGGCGAGAGCUCAUGAAGGACCUAGUCAACCUAGAGGCCAAGGACCUCGUCAGGCGCAAGAAGGCGCCCGCUGCAGGUGGGAAACCACAACGCAAGCGGUUUGGAAGCAGCAACCAGCUUGCGCUGCAUGAUCAUCGGGAGGCUGAAGAUCAGUCCUAUGCGGAUGAUCUGUCUCUAGAUGACGAUCUAGAGUCGGAUUCCGAUACGGGCUGUUCCGCAUCAGCCAUUGAGUGUGACAGAAAUGACGAUGGAAAACUUAAUGCAUUCAGAAAGACUGCUGCAAAUAAGGGGCCUAACCGUGGUUCGGAAAUCCCAGCAAACAUUCGCCAUCUAUUGGAUCGAUUUCCUGAAGUGUUGGCUGAACCUCGCGGAGUUCCCGAGCGUCCAGUCAAGCACAAAAUCGAGAUAAUAGAAGGGAGUGUUCAUCCAAAGGGCUGCGUCUACCGCAUGGGACAAGGCGAGUUGGAGGACCUGCAGAGACAAAUUGAUGAUAUGAUUGAUCGUGGAUGGAUUAGGCCUAGCGAGUCUGAAUUUGGCGCACCUGUCUUGUUUGUGCCAAAAAAAGGAGGCAAACUCCGGAUGUGCAUUGAUUAUCGUGGCUUGAAUCGAAUUACAAGGAAAAAUGCCUACCCUUUGCCUCGUAUAGAUGAUCUGUUAGAUGCGGCCGGUGGUUGCAAAGUCUUCUCCAAGAUCGACCUCAAGUCUGGCUACCACCAGAUUGAAGUUGAUCCGAGCGACCAGCACAAAACUGCGUUCAAGACACGCGAUGGGCUAUACGAAUUCAUCAUUAUGCCCUUAGGUCUGACGAAUGCACCAGCCACAUUUCAGUGYCUCAUGGACAAGGUACUCCGCCAUCAGCUUAACAGGUUUGUGGUUAUGUACCUUGAUGACAUUCUGAUUUUCAGCAAGUCCAUGGAUGAGCACGUCAAGCAUCUUGAGGAGGUUUUGCAAGUCCUCAAAGAAGCUCAACUGCACCUCAACUUGGAAAAAUCUGAGUUUGGUAGGAACAGUGUCAUCUAUCUCGGGCACCGGUUGUCUGCAAACGGCCUUGAGCCGGAGGCAACCAAGGUUGACGUCAUUCAAAGCUGGCCUCAACCAGCGAACGUACACGAACUGCGUUCUUUUCUCGGUUUGGCUUCUUAUUACCGGAAGUUUGUACCCAAAUUUUCUAUUAUUGCUCACCCGCUCUCAAGACUAACCAGCAAGAACGUUGCCUAUGCAUGGUGUGAGAAGUGUGAGUCUGCGUUCCAAGCCUUGAAAGAGGCAUUGGUGAGUCAUUAUGUGCUUCGCAUUGCGGACCUCAACCUCACGUUCGUAGUUACUACGGAUGCGAGCCAGUUCGGGAUUGGUGCAGUGCUGCAACAAGAUGAUGGUGAUCGCCUGCGUCCGCUCGAGUAUUACAUCAAAAAGGUAGCUACUUCCACGUAUAUGCGUGAGCUUUACGCCCUGCGCGAAGCCCUCGCACAUUGGAAGCACUACCUCUUGGGUCGCCACUUCAAGGUCUACUCUGAUCAUUAGACCUUGCAGUGGAUUCAGACACAAUCUGAACUCUCUCCUACAUUGACCCGCUGGUUGCAUGAUAUUGAUGUCUACAGUUUUGAGUUGAAACAUAAGAAAGGCUGUUAUAACCGUAUCGCUGAUGCUUUGUCGCGCCAUCCCGAGUAUUUGACUUGCCUUGUGGAUUCAUACGACCUCCGAAGGAAACUGAAGGAGGAUCUGAUUGAACACACCGCCAAGGAUCCGGACCUCAGUCCCAUCCUUGAGCAGCUCAAGGCUGACCCUAAGAGUCAGCCUGAUUUUCACGAAUGCGAGGGUCUUGUGUUCCGCCGGUAUGGAAAGUUUGAUCGUUUGUGUGUACCCAACCAUGCGCCUCUCCGAACUCAUUUCUUGGAUUUGGCGCAUGGUCGGAGUGGACAUUUUGGCUUUGAGAAGACUUAUGGAAGUCUUCUGUAGCAAUUUGAUUGGCCAGGAAUAAAAGGAUCUGCUUAGAAAUUCAUUGUUGAAUGUCAGGUAUGCCAAAGAAUCAAGGCCCACAGGCAUA